AUGUCGUGGUAUUUCAUCCCGCCGCUAACUCCACAUUACAACGGAAUGAGCGAGAGCGCCGUGAAGAGUGUGAAGACAAGAUUGAAGACGGUAAUGGGAAUUAAUGCGUUAACCUACGAAGAAUUCAAUACUUUGUUGGUGAGAAUUGAAGGAAUAUUAAAUUCUCGCCCAUUGUAUCGAAUGAGUCAAAAGGAAGAUGUGCUCACUCCUGCACACUUCUUGGUAGGGCGGUCGUUAAUAGCCCCGCCUGAAAAUAAGAACUACGUGCCAAGAACGACUAUGGAGCAGCAUUACGACGAAGUAGAAAAAAGAGCAAAGCAGUUCUGGGAAAUUUGGAAACAUGACUAUUUGUUCUCAUUGGCAAAACGGACUAAAUGGACAGGUAUCUCCAAAAAUUUAAAGGAAGGAGAUUUAGUGUUGAUAAGAGACCUCAGUACAAAAAAGAUGCAAUCGUGGCCUAAGGGAUUGGUAGUCAAAGCCACACCAAACCACGAUGGCAUAGUAAGAAAGGUUCAUGUCCGUAUUCCUGAGAAAUACUUCGACGACGCGGACCUGAACGCAACACAAAAAUUUCGAAUUCGUGAAUGCUCAGUGAACCAUUUAGUUCCUUUGUAUCCAGAAGUUGAGGGAGAACCCGACGAGCCAUGGGACCGAAUGAAGAACUUUACCAUUCGGUACGGGGGCUUCCACGAGAUCAGUGAAAAAGCUAGUAAUUGUGAAGUGAAAGAAAAACUCACACAACCAGAAGACACACCAGACCAUCGCAUAACAAGAGGUAUGAAGAGACGACAAGAACAACAAGCCUCAACUCAUCAUUCUCAGCAAUGA